AUGGCAAAGGCAAACAGUACCCUGACAAGCACCAUGGCCGAAAUCCGGCGUUUGCAGCGCGCGGACGGUCCAGCGACCGUGCUGGCCAUCGGCACGGCGAACCCGUCCAACUGCGUGUCCCAAGAGGAGUACCCGAACUACUAUUUUCGAGUCACCAAGAGCGAGCACCUCACGGAUCUCAAACAGAAACUCAAGACAAUGUGUCAGAGGACAGACACGGAGAAGCGUUUCUUUCACCACACGGAGGAGCUGCUCGACGCACACCCUCAUUUCCUCGACCGCCGGCAGCCGUCCCUCGACGACCGUCUGGAGAUCGCGGCUGCCGCGGCGCCAGAGCUAGCCGCAUCAGCAGCGGCCAAGGCCAUAGCCAAGUGGGGCCGUCCAGCCACCGACAUCACCCACCUCAUCCUAAGCACCAGCUCGUGCGCGGGCGCCCCGGGCGCCGACCUCCGCCUGGCCUCCCUGCUCGGCCUCCGCCCGUCCGUCAUUCGCACGAUGCUCCAGCUCAAUGGUUGCGCUGCCGGUUCCGCUUCGCUGCGCCUCGCCAAGGACAUAGCCGAGAACAACCGCGGGGCGCGGGUCCUAGUGGCCUGCGUCGAGCUCACCAUCGUCUCCUUCCGCGGGCCAGAGGAGGACUACCCCCACACCCUCAUCGGCCAGGCGUCGUUCGGUGAUGGCGCUGGCGCGGUCAUUAUUGGCGCCGACGCCAGCGUGCUCUACCCGGCCGAGCGCCCGCUCUUCGAGAUGGUUUCCGCCUCGCAGACCGUGGUGCCGGGGACCGAUCACGUGCUCACCAUGCGGCUCACGGAAGCUGGUCUCGACGGGCACAUUCUGAGGCGGGAGCUGGUGCCGAUAGCAGCGGAGAACGUGGAACGAUGUCUGUCUGAUGCGUUCGGGCAGCUUGGAGUUGGCGUGGAGUGGAACGACCUCUUCUGGACGGUGCACCCUGGCCUCCGUGCAAUCUUGGACCACAUCGAAAAGGCUCUCCGGUUGGAGCCGGGGAAGUUGGCGGCGAGCCGGAGUGUGCUGAGAGAGUAUGGGAAUAUGCUUGGUGCUACGAUCAUCUUCGUGCUCGAUGAGCAACGGCGGCGAAUGGAGGAGGACGGAGAGGGUGGCGAGUGGGGUGUGAUGAUGGGCUUUGGACCCGGGUUCACUAUUGAGACCAUGGUGCUGCAUGCCACCAGCAACCUCACGAAAAAUUAA